UCCAGCUAUGUAACAUUUUUCGAUCCCAUGACAUGGAAAUUGACCAGUGCUUGCUGGAAUCUCUCCCUCUCGGCCAGCGGCAGCGGUUGGUGAAGCGGAUGCGGUGUGAUCAAAUAAAAGCAUACUAUGAGUGGGAAAAGGCCUUUCUGAAGCAGGAAGGCUACGCCAAAAAAUCAAAACGUAGAAGGAAGCACAGAGUUCACUUCAGCCCCUCGGACAUGAUACAGGAUGCCAUUAUAUGCCAUGACGAUAAAGAAGUCCUGCAGUUAUUGAAAGAUGGUGCCGAUCCUCACGUCGUGAAUUCAUCAGGAAGUUCUUUACUUCAUCUGUGUGCCCGUUAUGACAAUGUAUUUGCUGCAGAAAUACUGAUUGAGAGGGGAAUUAACGUCAAUCACCAGGAUGAAGAUUUUUGGACCGCGCUGCAUGUUGCUUGCGCCUGUGAUAAUCCUGACAUUGUUCUCCUCUUGCUGUUGGCCGGAGCGAAUGUGCUGCUGCAGGAUGUGAACGGCAACAUUGCCCUUGACUACGCGAUGGAAGGGACCGAGUCCAGUUGUAUCCUCCUGGCAUACCUGGAAGAAAAUGGUGUGGAACUAAAUUCUCUGUGCCAGAUGAAAAGUCAGAAAUCAACAACAAUGCUUGCAGAUGUCAGACAUCUCUUAUCAAGUGGAGGGACUGUGAAUCAGAAGAAUGAUGAAGGAGUCACAUUGCUGCAUAUUGCUUGUGCAAAUGGGUACAAGGAUGUUGCUUCUCUCAUUCUGGAUCAUGGUGCCAAUGUCAACGUUGCAGAUAAUCAGUAUUGGACACCUCUGCAUUUAGCAGCCAAGUAUGGGCAGGCAAAUAUUGUGAAACUCCUCCUGACGCAUUGGGCCAACCCCAGCCUGCUCAACUGCAAUGAUGAAAAGCCAUCCGACGUUGCUGCUUCAGAGUUUAUUGAAGAGAUGUUGCUGGAUGUGGAAACAGUCUGGCAGGAAAAAACCAAGGAUUCCCUUGCUGCUUUACAGCACGAAGGGCCGUAUGAAGAGAUCAUCCACCACCUCCCGACGCUCUCGAAUAAGCUCAACCCUUUGGCUUUGCCAAUUGCCAAACAAGACAGCUUGCUGGAAAGAGACACCAUGUUCAAAGAUGUUGCGAAAGGUUCAUGGAAGCGGCAGCCACAAGAUAAUGCCUCCGAAAGCAUCACGGUGAACAGCGCAACAAAACCUGAACAGGUGAAGUUAAUGCCUCCAGCGCCAAAUGAUGACCUGGCUACUCUGAGCGAGCUGACAGACAGCAGUUUACUCUAUGAAAUUCAGAAGCGCUUCAGUAACAAUCAGAUAUAUACUUACAUUGGAGAUAUACUACUGCUUGUUAACCCCUUUAAAGAACUUCCCAUUUAUUCCCCAAUGGUCACCCAACUUUAUCUCAGCAACUCUGUGAGAAUCAGCUCCACUCUCCCACCACACAUAUUUGCUUGUGCUGAAAGGGCCUUCCACUUGCUUUUCCAGGAGAGGCGUCCACAAUGCUUUAUCCUCAGUGGAGAAAGUGGUUCGGGCAAGACUGAAGCCUGCAAGCAAAUAAUAAGGCACUUAAUAUGCCGCUCCCAUUCUAGCCGGGGUAUAUUUGAGUCAAAGAUACAACACGUUAACUGUAUUUUGGAGGCUUUUGGACAUGCCAAAUCAACCCUCAACGAUUUAUCGAGCUGCUUUAUAAAAUACUUCGAAAUACAGUUCUGCCUGAAGAAAAAGACGUUAACAGGAGCCAGGAUUUAUUCAUACAUGCUGGAGAAGACUCGGGCUGUCAUGCAACCUCCUGGACAGAGCAAUUUUCUCAUCUUCUACUGGUUGAUGGAUGGCUUGUCUGCUGAGGAGAAGUACAGCCUGCGGCUGAAUAAUUUAUCUGCACACCGAUAUCUGAACCAGGCUGUGCUGGAAGAGAGCCCGGCAACGGCAGCCACGCAAAACAGAGAGAAAUUCAUUGCUCUAAAGCAAGCAUUGAGUGCCUUGGGAUUCAAUAAUCGGGAGGUAGAGAAUCUGUUUGUAAUCCUCUCAGCAAUUCUGCAUCUUGGAGACGUUCGGUUUACAGCAUUGACAGAUGCUGAGACAGCACUGGUGUCUGACCUGAAGCUACUGGAACAAGUGGCAGAAAUGCUGCAGGUCUCCCCAGAUGACCUCACCUCCGCCUUAACCACAGAUGCACAGUAUUUUAAAGGCGACAUGAUAAUGAGGAGACACACGAUUGAGCUUGCUGAAUUCUACCGGGAUCUCCUGGCGAAGUCACUCUAUAGCCGUCUGUUUAGUUUUUUAGUGAAUACCAUCAACUACUACCUCCAGAGCCAAGAGGGGCACAGCAGUGACCAGGUGCUUCCAAUUGGAAUAUUGGAUAUCUUUGGUUUUCAGGAAUUCCACGAGAACAAUUUUGAACAGCUGUGUGUCAACAUGACGAAUGAAAAACUUCACCAAUAUAUCAAUGAAGUGCUUUUUGUACAGGAGCAAGCAGAUUGUAAACAAGAGGAGGUUACUAUGGAAACAGCCUAUGCUCCUACUAACAGCGCAGAGGUCUUGGAUUUUUUCCUUCAGAAGCCUUCUGGGUUUUUGUCAAUGCUAGAUGAAGAGAGCCAGUCUUCCUGGUCAGGGGAAAAGAGUCUUUUGAAACGCCUCCAGUCCUAUCUGGACACCUCCAGCGCCAAAACCGUUUAUUCAUCCACCAAAGACGGCAAUGGCAACAUCACCUCUAAAGAUCAAGGUCCCGCGUUCACUGUGAUGCAUUUUGCGGGGCGGGUAACUUAUGAAGUUACUGGAGCUAUUAGUAAAAAUAAAGAUUCUCUCUCUCAAAGUCUUCUGUUUGUAAUGAAAACUAGUGAAAACGUGGUCCUCCAUCAGCUCUUCCAGUCCAAGCUGACCCAGACGGGAUCCCUGGUCUCGCCAUACCGUUCUUUGAAGAUGAAAGGCUCGAAAGCUGCCUUGUUCAGCAGUAAAAACUCAGGCGCGUUCACAAGCAGAGAGGCCAAGAAAUACAUGGAAGUCAGUAAACUGCUAAGAAAGAAAGGGACGUCCACAUUUCUUCAGCGUCUGGAACGAGGAGACCCCAUCACUUUGGCAAUGCAGCUUCGGCAAUCGCUCACGGAGAUCAUUGGGAAGCUUCAGAACUCUACUGCCCACACUGUCCAUUGCAUCAAACCCAACCAUUCUAAGCUGCCGGAUACUUUUGAUCAUUUUUACGUCUCUGCUCAGCUGCAAUACAUUGGGGUCUUAGAGGUGGUAAAAGUAAUACGUCAUGGAUACCCAGUUCGUCUCUUCUUUACAGAUUUCUUAUUAAGAUACAAGGACUUGACUGACAUUAUGUUGGGUGAGAAGAAAAAGAUGUCUGCUGAGGAGAAAUGCCGUGCGGUUCUCCAGCAGAGCAACUUACAAGGAUGGCAGAUAGGAACCAGAAAAGUGUUUCUGAAAUACUGGCAAGCCGAACAUCUGAAUGAUUCGUCCUUUCAGCUGCAGAAGAAAAUUAUAACCUGUCAGAAAGUCAUAAGGGGAUUUCUCGCACGGCAGCGCUUGUUACACAAGAGGAACUUCAGGCAGCAAGAGAUCACCUCUGUCAAAUGUUUCCUGAGAGAGAUCGAAGAUUACAGUCUCAAAGCUUAUGACAAUUUGGUCAUUCAGAACGCUUUUGAUAUCGCUCGGGAAAAUGACCGGCUCCGCAAGCAAACAACGACUGCUUACUUUAAGGAAAAGCUCGAGGCUUAUACCAAGCAGGAAGAAGAAGGCUUCAAACGAGCCCGAGAACAAUGCGAAAAGGUGCCUGAGGAAGGCUGUGCUGGUUGUCAAGCCUCAAAGCAUCUCCCGCUUGGCUGGGUGCCCAUCCCCUUGCCAGCAGAAGGGCUGGUCCAGUCUGUGAUUGUGGCAUCUAUCCGCUCCCCCUCGGUGCAGUCAGUGCUCAGCAUAGAGGACGGCGGAGGCCUGCAGUCCCCACGGAAACAGCCUCCCCCUAAGCCAAAGAGGGACCCAAACACACGGCUCAGUGCAUCCUAUGAAGCCGUCUGUGCCUGCUUGUCAGUGGCCAAUGAAGCGUUAAGCCGACCGCGGCCCCACAGCGAUGAUUAUAGCACCAUGAAGAAGAUCCCUCCCAGGAAGCCCAAACGAAGCCCGAACACGAAGCUGAGCAGUUCGUAUGAGGAAAUCUCUGCCCCCAGACCUGGGGGCAUGAAGCAUUUGAACGCAGCAGCUAAACCAGGUGAAGGACAGGACAUUUUGCUGAUACAGCGGACCUCUUCGGUGGACGGGCCGCAUCACACCAUGCUGAGUUUCUGCAGGUCACACGUCGAGGAAGACCUGGAGCCCGUGUACAUUGAAAUGGUGGGGAACGUGACGAGGAACCCUUCCGAAGAAGCAGAAGGCCCUGACCCAGGAGAGAGCGUCUAUGAAGAGAUGAAAUACUUUCUGCCGGAAGAAGGCAGCGACAGAAAAGGAUUGGCUCCAGGAGCUCCUGGAUCUGCUGCUCUACUGUUAGAGAGCAAAACCACGCUUCCAGCUGAAGAACUUGAUGCCAAUAGCCAGGCAACCUCAAGCCAUAAAGACUCUUGCGACAUUCCAGCGCCUUUCCCCAACUUACUUGCUCACAGGCCCCCCCUUCUUAUAUUUCCUCCCACUCCUGUAACCUGCUCACCCGCUUCCGAUGAGUCACCCCUGACACCUCUGGAGGUGAAAAAGCUCCCUGUCUUAGGAACGAAUCUGAAGUAUCCGGGGCAGUCCGAAGGAUCCAGCCCCCUUUCCCCACAGUUCCCUAAGAGCCAGAAGGGGGAGCCUGAAAGGCCUCCUUCCCCUGGGUUAGCGGUAUUUAAUAUUUCGGGCAAAGUGACACCGCCCUCCACCCCCCUUUCCCCUACUCCUCCCCCUCUCCCCCCUUGCACAACAUCCUCUGGGUCCCACCCACCUUCCACAAAUGUGACUUCUCUCCCAGAGACUUAUGCAACAUUGGCGAAUCCAGGGAAAACAGGAACAAACUUGGAUAUGACGACAAUACCUCAAAGACCAAAUCCUGUUCCAGCUGGAAGUCAUCCUUCCACAGUCUCCAAGCUGCCUUACUCCCCGGUGAAGGUGCCAAGGGUCGAGCUGAAGAAACCAAACGCCAAUUCGUCCUCUCCGCUUCUGCACAGCCCCACAAACGCGAGGUCCUUCCUCAGCCCGCUGGAUGAGCUGACUCUCUUAUUCAGUUCAGGACGGAGUGUGCUUCGGAAGACGGCGGUGGGGAGAAAGAUCAGAGACCUUGAAAGCAAUGAAGGCAAUCUUAAUAUGACAAGCAGGGAAGGCUGCGUCCCAGUGGAAAAUGUAUCAGAGACCCAAGAUAAGAAUGCAAACAACCCCAGGACACCGGCAACGAAUUCACUGUCUGGCUCGGUAGUAGCUGAAAAUGGAAAUUCAGUCCUGAAUGGUUUACCGGAAGCAAACAAGUAUUCAAGGCUGCCGAGCAGCAGUGAAACAAGCUCAUCAAUGCACACGCACAGGGAGAGUCACACUACUCAGGUUAUCCAUCAGCUCCGACUGUCGGAGAAUGAGAGUGCUGCUCUGCGGGAACUGCUCGACUGGCGCCGGAAGCUUUGCGAAGAACAGGAGGACUGGCAGGCCAUCCUGCACCAGACGAAGCAAAGUCUUGCGACUCCGCCCCCCUCCCUUCAAAAAGCCAAGUCUCUUGCAGAAGGCAGACGAGACGUCCUGUAACCAGCUGUCUUCAGGGAUC